GUGAGAAAGGACAGGUCGGAGAGAGAGAGCGUAAUUCGAUGAGUGGCACUUCUUUUGCUCUAAUUUUACCAAAACUCCUGUUUUGCUGCUUACUCUUAUACGUUAGGACUCAGAGUGGUCGUGUCUUCAUUGCAGGCUCAAAGUUGGCAGGUGAGGUCAGCAGCUGAAUGUAUGUUCCUGUGCCCCAGAGUUUGGAGAGAGAUGGAGAACGACAGACACACACUGCCAUUGCUUUCCCCUAUACAUUCCCCGACAAAUCCCUCCAAAACCCUUUCUCUAUCACCUUCUCUUCCUCAGCCCUCUGCUACUAUCCUUGACUCAACUGCUCUUUCUUCCCCAGCUCCAUCUCCCUCUCACCCCCUGUCACCCCUUAGGUCUUCUGGAGGUCUCACCCCACUCUGCCUCAGUCCCACAACUCCAUCAGACCAAGAUGACCUGACCUGCCUCAACUGGCUGCAUCAGAGGAACUUACUGGCUCUGCAACCGCUGCCUAAAAUGCCUACACUGCCUCAAUUAGAGUCACUGAACUUCCUCCCCACCCCAAAUCUACCUUCUUCACCUACCAAGCCUCCAUAUUCUUUCAGCAGUCUCAUCUUCAUGGCGAUUGAAGACUCCCCAGAUAAAAGGCUUCCUGUGAAAGGCAUCUAUGAGUGGAUUGUCAAUAACUUCCCCUACUACAAAACAGCCCCGAGUGGCUGGAGAAACUCAGUCCGACACAACCUGUCCUUAAGCAAGAGCUUUCGGAGAAUACACCGGGACAAGAGUCAAUCUGUUGGAAAGGGCUCACUGUGGUGUGUUUGCCCAGAAUAUCGGCCUGGUCUUUUGGAGGUGCUUAAGAAAACUCAUUAUUGCCACAGCAACAACAGCAGUUUGCUGAACAGUCGCACACUGUUGGAGGCAGCUGCAUAUGAACAGACUGCUGUAGGUGACACUGCAGAGAUUUCAGAUUUGGAUUCAAAUAACCCACCUCUGUCCUCAAACCCGCCAUGCUCUUUGAUCCCUGACCAUGAGGAACUGGUUGCCAUAGAGUCUGUAGAACUCACAGAAGAGGCUCAUGAGGAGUCAGAGAAAGACCCCCUCGCUGACAGCGGCUACAUUGAGUUCCACUAUUAUCAGUAUCAGCAAUACCAAUACCUGGUUCUACCAGGGGAUACCGAACUGGACCUGGAAACUGUUGAGAUCCUACAACUUGAUGCAGAGGCCCAAGAGGCUGCAGGAUCACUGCUUGACUUAGCAGGAGGAAGCCACUGAUCCUAUGCAUUCAGCUAAGUACAAACAUCUUGAUGGAAACAUAAUAGCCACUUUCAUCCGAUAAUUUCUACUGCUUUAUUUACUUGAUAUUUUUCUAAAGAAACUGCCUGAAAUUUUACACUACCAGUCAAAAGUCUGGACACAGCUACCCGUUUUUUUUCUUAUUUUUACUAUUUACCACAUCUUUAAGUAAUUGAGAAAGCAUCAAACCAUAUGUAUGUAGGGACCCAAAAAAAUAGUCUAUCUGGUUUAUAGAAUCUUUAUAGAAAUUAGCCCUCAUUUGCCUUGAUGCGGUUUUACAUACUUUUAGCAUUUUCUCAAUCAGCUUCAUUAGGACCCUCUUCAGAUGCUCUUCUGAGAAGAUACAUACAUGCUGAGACUUUGUUGUUGCUGAAAAACAUUUGUAGGGGGUGUUUUUUUAAAAUAUGUGUUUGUCAGUUUUUGGAAUUUAGAUUUAAAAUUUUUGUUUUGGAAAUUAUUUUGUACAGAGGCAUGAACUGCAUUAUUUAGAUUUGUCUUAGAAAGCAUUAAACAUAAGUCUUUAGAUUAUAAUUAUAAGAAUACCUAUUCAGCUAGGUGUGUUCAAACUUUUGACAGGUGGUGUACAUGCUACUAUAGUGUUGUAUCCACUGCAUUUGCAGCUGUAACUGAAUAAUAAUGGAAUGACUGGUAUAAUAUUAAAAUUAAGAGAAAUUUAUGGAUUUGGCCAAACAGUUUUUAUUUGCAGCAUGCAAUCUUGCAUGAAUGGAAAAUAAAUGGAAGACCAAAAUUGCUUUGGGAAGAGUGAAAAUUAUGUGGGGAAGGUUUUCUAUACAGUACUGUGUUUUAAUUCAUUGUGAUUUGCACAGUACAAUGUGCAAAAGUAAAGCAAAAAAAACAUAUAUUUUGUCGUAUUUAACAUUCAAGGAACAACUGUAGUAAACCAUAGCCUUUUACUCUUUUUAUAGUGUUUUUAUUAAAUAGACUGAUGUAUAGUUACCAUUACAAUUUUGAAUUAUGUAACUCCCCUUAAGACAAACAGCACUGUUGUCAGAGAACAUAGUGCACUUGGCUCAUCAAUACAGUUUAGAAACAUGACUUAUUAAUUCUUGAUUCUUUAUUUUGGUAUAUGUGAUGCACAUAUUGGUUUAUUAUGAUACUCUGUAUUUGAAACAAACUGCCAUUGGAUUCACAUCUUGUUUAUGAUGUGCAUAGAAAGUGUAAUGUGCACCUUGUUUAGUUCCUUGUUCCUGCACAUGGUGCAGCAUUUACUUUUCUUUCAAACACAGUGCACCACUUUCUUAUGUUUAUUUGUAUAAAUUGUUUAGAAGUGUGUUGAGCAGUUUGAAUCAAAAUGCCCCCACUUUGUGUUUAUAUAUAAUGCACUUGGCAAUAAACUUCUGAAGUGAUGACUA